UCAAAAGCAGAGGAGGAGAUGGUGGCAUAUUGAGAGAUUGUCUAGGAAAAAUGAUCAUGGCCUUUGCUCCAUGAUUUUCCAUUCAAAUAACAUUGGCAAUGAUGGAGUCCUGCGUCAAAAGGGCAACAAUUUGAACAUAAAAUUUUUCGAAUCAAUCCAUGAUUUCAUAUUGCAUGAACCCUUAGUCACUUAUGAAAAGAAAAUGAUUGUUUUAGAUUUUAAUAUGUAAAAAUGAAAUCUCCUAUAAAGAAGACAUAAUUAAAAAAUAAUAUAAGCCACCUACAAAACUAAUUAAAAUAGAUGCAUAACAAGACAUUUACAUGUCCGCAACGCAAGGGCAUAAUUGAGUGGUUGAGAGGUGAAUUUCCAACCUAAGAGACUAGGGAUCAACUCCAGCCUCUAUUGCACUACUAGGGAUCAACUCCAGCCUCAAUUGAGUGCAGUUUACAUUUCCUGUGCAGGUUAGUCACCAGCAGAGAGGCUAUACAAUAGUUUUGCAAUUAAAAGGUAAAGCUAACGGUCACAUUUUCAAAAAAAAAAAAAACACAAAUCCACUCUCUCUCUCUCUCUCUCUCUCUGUCAUGGCGGACAAACAAGAACCUUUGAGAAAACCCAAUUCACAAACUGAGGAAGAGAGGAAGAUUCCGGUGUUUACAGUGCUGAAAGAUGGGGCCAUCCUCAAGAACAUCUUUCUUCUUGACAACCCUCCACCUCUAGUAACUACAACAUCUUGUGUUGAACAGAUAUUGGUAGUUGGAAGACACCCAGAUUGUAACAUUGUAUUGGAACAUCCAAGCAUCAGCAGAUUUCACCUCCGCAUUCACUCUAAUCCCUCUUCUCACUCCCUCGCCCUCAUUGAUCUCUCUUCCGUACAUGGGUCAUGGAUUUCUGGAAACAAGAUUGAACCAGGUGUUCGAGUUGAGUUGAAAGAGGGUGAUAAGAUGAAGCUUGGAGGUUCAAGCAGGGAAUACGUGCUACACUGGAUUCCAAUCAGUCGUGCAUAUGAUUUAGAGAAUCCAUUUGUAGCUUCACUAGGUGAGACAGAACCAUCUGAAGAAGCAGAAGAGGAAGAACAUCAGGAUGAGAAUGGCGUUGCUCUUCAGAAUGAAGAUGUUGAUUUGGCGCAGGGCCAGGAUUCUUCGUUUUCUGAUAUGAAUUUGUUGCCAUAUGUAAAAUGUUUGACUCCAUCAGCUCCUCCAAUGCCCGAAGAGAUGAAGCCCUCAUUUCCCUUUGAUGACGAAGAAGUAAACAUAAAUCCACCUGAGAAAAUUCAAGGAGAGAGCGAAAUCAGUUUGCAGCGGCCUACUUACGAACCUGACCAAAACAAAACUCCGCGGGCCCUUCUUGUCUCCGGAGGGAUCCAAUCAGAAAAUGCAGAUAGUAUCCCAGUAAGAUCUCAGCAAAGAUGCUUGAGCAUUUGGUCUAGAAGGGGAAAAUGUUCCAGUGUUCAGAUUCAAACUGGUCGAGAGAGAACUGUUAUUGAAAAAGUUGACAUUGAUACUGAAGUUCACUCACUACUUAAUCAUGAGAAGGUUGCAAUGGAGUCAGUUUCCGAUGAUCCUUUUUCUAGUGGAAACAAGGAUGCCUUCACUCCAGACAAAGAGAACCAUGUUCCUAGUUCUCUCUUCCUUGAGUCCGAGAAGAACUCGUGUCUUGCUGAAGGACAAGCUACAAAACCUAUGUUUUCUUCUUGUGUGGAUGAGAAAAGUGAAGAGAAUUUUACUCUGGACAAAGUGGAUCUCUCUGCAAACACUCAUUCACCAAGGUCAAUGAAGAAGAUGAGCCGUUUGGAGCAAAUUAAGAAUCCAAAACCUUUUAAACCUUCCCCAAUGGAAGGGAUUUGCCAAGCUAAAGAUCUUGAAGACUGUAAGAACGAGAAGAUCGGAUCAUCUACAGCGCACUCAAAUAUGAGUAACAACAGUGAAGAAAAUUCCAUUUCGGAUAAAGAGAAUAUGACACAUGAUAGCUGUUCAAUGAAAUCGAAAAAGAAUGGGAAAAUGGGGGCAGUUAAGCAUCUAAAACCAUUUGAGAAAGAAAACUUGAUUGACAAAGUUCUUGAAGAGCACAAAUCAGCAAUUGUUGCUUCCAGAAAUAAGGCUAGAUCGACAGUAAGCGUACUGAAAAACAGAACAGAUAGAGUGCCAUUUCAAUCUCUUCUUGUGAACUCCCCCAGCAACACCAAUUCAAAAUCUCCCGAACAGAAAGUCAAGUUGAAUGCUAAUCCUGUCGAGUUUCAAAAAAUCAUGGAGGCAUGCCCCUAUUCUAAUAACAAUGCCAGGGAAGAGAGAAGAAAGUGGACCAUGGUAGUGGACACCACUUCUUUGUUAAACAAAGAGUCAAGAAAAGCUUUGCAGCUUUUGCAAGGUCUUAAGGGAACUUGCCUGAUAAUUCCCAGAAUUGUCUUAAGAGAACUAGAUUGCAUGAAGAGGCGUGCUAGCUUUUUCAGAAGAGCAACAGAAGUAUCUGCUGCAUUAGAAUGGAUAGAAGAUUGCAUGGCAAAUGCAAAAUCAUGGGUUCAUGUGCAGAGUUCUGUGGAGGAAACAAGGCCAAUGGCACCGACUCCUCCUGCUACUGCACCACCAUGCUUGUUCAGUGAGGAGAAUGGCUUCUUUCCAGUCGGCUCAGUUCUAUCCUCACCACGUUGGGGUUUAGCAGAAAUUGUUUCACCCACAGCAGAAGAUCAUAUCCUUGAAUGUGCCCUAGUCUCCAAAAGAACUAACAGGGAUGGACAACUUGUUCUCCUUAGCAAUGAUCUUACCGUGAAGAUCAAGGCCAUGGCAGAGGGUUUAAACUGCGAGACAGCAGAAGAUUUCCGAGAGAGUCUGGUAAACCCAUUCUCUGAGCGGUUUCUCUGGAAAGAUAGCUCUCCUAGGGGAAGCACUUGGUCGUGUGUGGAUGACUUUGUCCUUAGGGAAUCAUACUACCCUGGACCUCUAAAGAAGACAUCAAAAUCGGGACAAGCAGCAAAAGGCUUAAAGCUGAUAUUGCUUCAUAAUUCUCAUUAUAGGCAAAUCUGUUCAGGCAGCACAAUUAGCUAGGUAGAGAGUAUGUAGCUGAUAGCUGAUAUUGCUCCAUCUCAUCAUCAUAGGCAAAUAUGUUUAGCCAGCUGAACCAGUACAUUCCUCCUCCUUAUCAAAGAUGUCAAGAUGAAUUCAGAUCUUAUGGCCACAUCUCUAGACCUGUAAAUGGCCACUGUUUCAAUCUUUUGGAACUUCUGUGUUUCAUUGCAAAUUGUUUCUGGAUGAUUCAGACAUUUUCAUGAAAUCAGGGUACAUAUCUUCAGUAAUUUCUUUCAACGUUACUUUUCUUCUUCCUA